AUGGUUGGAAUGUGGAUCGCACGAUGUGGUGUAUCGCUAGACAAACUGGUUAGUCUAUGCAACGGGGAUAGUGACCAGCUCCGUCACGGACGGAAAAGGGCAGAAUUGAAGACACUCAGUGAGCAGAAUGGACGAGCAGCCGCCGAAAAUGAGGAGGUUGGAGUAAAUGGCGAGGCUGGGGAUGACGCCGGGACCGGAUCGACAGUGCAUAGUACAAAUAAAGCCGGAACACUGGGAUCGACGGGUGGUUGGCUGUGGAUAACACUAGCAACUCUAGGGAAUGGAGUUAGUCUCAUCCAGGAAAUGAGUCACGAGUAUUGGGCAUCAACAGUUGUGCCUCACUCAGCCUCAGCUGAGCAGGGACAGGGAGGUCGUCUGAUUUCAAAUUCCAGAUAUCGACUUUAUUGUCCUUCUCAGUCCGAUCGAUGCCAACAGUAUCCGUCCGGAGCAAAGAACUGCGAUGCAAAUUGUUUGCUAGCGGGCAGUGUUGUCGGGAACCCAUUUUCUAGCGUGCUUCGACUCCAUCUUCCAUGCCGUUUGCUCACCGGAAACUCCACCAGGAUGGAGGAUCAAGAUAUCAGCCAGCUAGACGAUGCCGGUAAGUGGGGUAGAAGAGCAUUCAGAACCCAUGACAAUGUUUCCGGCUCAGCGCUGAUCACACGGAAUGGGAAAUGA